AUGGCGGCCACUUACAAGCAGUUCCUGGCCGCGCCCAGCUCGUCACUGCUGGCUGAUACAGCGGCCUUGCACUACGUUACUACGACUGUAUCCUUCGCCGGUCCUACCCAGAUCAUCAAACAUCUCAACGGACUUCAGAAGAAGGUGUCUAAGAAGAAGGAGGAUGUAUUCAACAUUGUCGAUGGCGGAAACGUCAUUGUCUUGGAAAUUGACACAGGUCUCGGUUUCCAAACUAGUGGCGGCCCAUAUCUUCCUGGUCUUGACGACAAUUUUCUGGCUGGCCGCGACGUCUAUCUUCCUAUCACUCACUUUGUGACCUUCGACGAAGCCGGCAAGAUUGUCCAGAUCCGACUCCAGUGGGACCAGGGUUCGCUUCUUAAGCAAGUUGAAGUGAUUGGAAAAUCUGGUCGCAACUGGCCUAUUAGAGAUAGCCGAGAGCAGAUCGCAUUUAUACAGGCAUGCAUCAGGACUGCAGGCACUACCGCCCCUGCUGCCUCGAAUCACAACGAGACCGUUGCGCGAGACCGAACUAACUCCAAGAACGCUUUUCGUGACCCAUCCACGAGGCUGUUUGGUUCGCGGGACGAAUUUGAGGAUGCUGAGCCUGCCGCUGUUGUCUCUCCCUAUGCGGGUACACGACCUCGCCAGCGAUCGUUCACCGAAAUUUUAGGUGACGAGCCCACGUCACCAAGCGCUGGUCGUCGAGCCAUGUCGCCAGCUAAGGGCGGUCAGGGCAAGAACUUCAAGCCUUCACGCAUUUUCGAUGGUCAGGAAGACAUCGACCGCCCGCCUGUAGAGCUUCAACAACACACAAACAAACGUUAUAUCAAGCCCCACCCCAAGAAGUACUCUCAUUUUGACUUCGCAGACGGUAGUGAUCCUCAGGACAGCCCUCAAAAAGGCCAACAUUUCGAUGAUCUACCCAAGACCAAGCGCGACAGCCAAUGGUCUUUCGAGGAUUUCACAACACCUCAGAAAGUGAAGCCGUCCAAGACAAUGCGAACACAGGAUGUUCGCCAUUGGGAUACUGACAGGGACGCUACGGAGAAUACCCCUGUUUACCAGACAGCCAAGCCUCGACGUGAUGACCCACACUUCGAGCUUCCAGACGACGGUGAGAGACUGCCCCAACCGCCACGUACCGGUGCCCAACCCCCUGGCUACGCUCAUAACGAGGGCCUCGGGCUCUAUAAGAAUCAAGUGUUUAAUAGAGAAGAAGCAGGAAACAACGAGCUCCCUUUGGGCAACGUUACCAACGUAAAGAACCGCGGAAAGGAUUUCGAUCACCACUUUGAAAUCGCCGACAACUCGCCAGCUCACCUACAACAGCGCGCAAACGAAGGCCACAAGAAGGCAGUUCAAAUGAUGGAUCACCACUGGGAUACGUACGAUAGGUCACCGGCCUCUCAGAAGGAGAAUCGCCCGACAGAGAACACUCCUAGUCACAAAAUCAACAUCGCUGGUGAUGGUAUGGGAGGUCGAAAGGGCACCAACCGGGAUUGGCUCUAUGGUGAUGCCGAAGAUGUUGCCCAACCAAUUCCCACUCGUAAGCAACCUAAUACAGUCACCUCUGACGUUCCCCUGCACAAGCCUCCUAAGAUCAGCGUUGCUGGUGAUGGUAUGGGCGGUCGAAGGGGUGCCGACCGAGAUUGGCUUCAUGGCGAGACGAGCGAAGCGGCCAACGACGAAUCAACAAACACCAGACCGAUUCCCGAACGCACACCAGUAUCGAACACCGCACCCGCCCGCGAGGUGAAGGAGAACACAGAAAAGCACAAGAUCAACAUUGCCGGCGACGGUAUGGGUGGUCGAAAGGGAACCAACCGAGACUGGCUCUAUGGUGAGACAGACGAGAUAGCUAGCAACGUACCUACAAACCCCAAGCCAGUCCCUGGACGAACACCAGCCUCCAACACCGCACCAGCCAACGAGGUGAAGGAGAACACAGAAAAGCACAAGAUCAACAUUGCUGGUGACGGUAUGGGUGGUCGAAAGGGCACUAACAGGGACUGGCUUUAUGGUGACGCGACCGACGUGACCGAGAAGCCCCUUCCUUCACGACGACAAAACACAUCCUCCAAGAAGGAUGAUUUCUGGGAUUUUUAG